GGUCGAGGGGAGAGUCACGAGGCGGAGACUUAAACGCCCGUAUGGCAGGUAAGGGUGAUCGUGAGCCUCAGCGUACUGCGUGAGAGAGCGGAGAGCUCGCUCGUUCGCUGUAGAGACUUCCCCCGAGGCUAGAACCAUCGCUGUGCUCUUCGCUUUCCGGGUUAUUCCCUUCCCUGUGGCCACGGACGAACACGGACCUGGCGUCUGCUCCGGACCUUCGCGAGGAGGCUCCUCGUGCAACACCGAGGUCGAUGCACCACGGCUCAUCGGUUCGUGCAUAACGCGUCCUCCCUGCCCGUACGAAAUCGCGUUCGUGCAUCUCGCAGCCGUGAAUCCCGCGUAGCGUGGCGUCUUUUCCCGCGACAUCAUGAGUGGGAUCGGCCUCGUUAUCCUCCUGGGUUUCUUCCACGCCGUCCGCGCUCAACUAUGUCACGUGGAAACCGGGAGAUCCGUCAUCAUCUUAGAUAUACGUGAGAGUCGAGGCAACGAGGUGACGCAGAGGACGAUCCCCGGGGAUCUGCCGAUCCGUGGGACGCCCGGGGAGGAGAUCAGCCUGGAAAUUUUGGACCCACGAAGCGGUCAGGGAGGGAGAGGAGGAGGCCACUAUUUCGUCCUCUACGGAAAGAGGCUUCAACUCCACAUGCCCUUGGAUCGGGAUCCUCAGGAUGUCACUUCCCUCGUUUUCCAGGUCGAUGUUGCUUCUGUCAUCAGCUGCACGGUCCUUUCGUCGGGAGAAAGGCGAAACAUCCCCGUCAUCGUUCGGGUGGCGGACAUCAACGAUAACAAGCCCGUGUUCGUCGGAACGCCCUAUUCUGCGUCCGUCUCCGAGGUAACGUGGAACCGCGAACGAAACGCUCGAAUCUUUAUGCGAGCCAAAAAUCUGUCUCCGGUAGGGACGACGGUAUUUCGGGACAUCAAGGCCAAAGACUUGGAUGCAGGCGUGAACGGGAUGGUGGAGUACAUGGUGGUGAAGGGAGAAGGAAAAGGAGGAGGCCAAGACGGAUACGGAGUCUUUUCCAUCAACCUUCCCCAUCAGGGUCAUCUCACCGUCAAUCGUUCCCUGGACUACGAGUCCGCUUCCACCUAUUACGUCACCGUCGUCGCCAUGGACCGAGCCAAAGAGCCGGAGGAGAGGUACACGUCGACGACGACGCUGACGGUGCACGUGGAAGACAGCGACGACAUGGAACCGACUUUCAAGUAUCGAGGAUGCACCCAAGUCGGAUCCGCCUGCGUGAAUCCCGAGUACCAAGCGACCGUACGCCUCCGCCGUUCCGUCGAUCGCGACACCGUCGUCGUUACCGUCGCGGUGCAUUCCUUCGACCCUGGGGUCGAAAAAGACCAACGAAAGAAUCAAACCGUCGAGCGGCAAGACGGGCGAAGCGAGGUCGACUGCGCUCGGUUCCUCGACGAUUCGUCCGUUUCCGUCACCUCUGUGAAGAGCGGGGAGCUGUCCGGAGUGUUGAACGUGAAACCCGAAGACAUCCGGGCGGAAGACAUGGAUUCGCUCAGGACUCCGAUCCGUUACUCUUUCUUGAGGGGAUCGCCCGGAUUCUUUCGGGAUUUUUUCCGCAUCGACCCGAGAACGGGACACGUGACUCAGCUGGCAGCCGCGGAUCGUAGCCGAGCCAAGCGAUUCGACCUGAUCGUGAAGGUGAGUCGAGUCCCUCCGUCUCGCGAAGCGCUGACGAUCGAAGUGGGGGAGGUGGACGUGCAUCCUCCCGAGAUCCGCGCCACGUCGUCGGUCGGCUACGUGAGGGAGAAUUCACCCGUCGGUACGGUGAUCAUGGAUUCUUCUCUUCCCGAUGCCCUGCGGCAGCCCAUCCUCUUCAGCGUCGUCGACCGGGACCACGCACCCGGAGACUCGGAGCCGGAAUACGAGUGGGAGCUGACGACGUCGGCGUUUGCCGUCAACACGGAAGGAGUCCUCGUCGUCCGAGAUCCCGGAUUGGACCGCGAUCCCCCGAACCCCGGGGAAUACAACUUCCAAGUCGUGGCGAGGGAGAAGAGGGGAACGGGAAGAGGAAGCAAACCCCUGUCCGUGAAGGUCCAUCUGCUGGACGAGAACGACAACGAUCCGGAACUGCCGGUGUACCCCACGGUCACCAUCCAGGCCGGCAGGGAAAUCCGCAACGUCCUCGUGGUCAAAGCGGUGGAUAACGACGCCGGCCAGAACGCGGCCGUCACGUACAGCAUCUAUCACGUCUCCAACAACGGGAAGGACAAGUUCCGCAUGGAUCCGGACACGGGGAACCUGCAGGUCGUGGACCGCGUCGCCGCCGGUCAGCAAUUCUCGGUUACCGUCCAGGCUCGAGACGGAGGAGGGAGGACGACGCAGACGAUCGUGGAGAUCCUCGUCUCACCCGGCCCCAACACCGGAGGCCCGAACUUCUCCACUCAGUUCUACGAGAUCUCCGUCAGCGAAGGGGCCCAACCCGGAUCCACCAUCCUCAGUCUUCGCGCUGACGAUCCGGAGAGGGAGUCGGUGAGUUACGGGCUCGUGAGCGGGAACGAGAGAGGGGAUUUCCGUCUGGAUCCCCGCUCCGGAUCCAUCACCGUCGCCAGAGACCUCGACCGGGAAUCCCUGUCCCGAUAUUCACUCGUGGUGAGGGCGGAGGAUCCCUCGGGGUUGUCGAGCACGGCCACGGUCAACAUACUCGUUUUGGACAUCAACGACAAGAAUCCGGAAUUCCAAAACCUCCCCUUCCAGUUCCAGGUCGUGGAAGGGAAAGCAGAUGCCUUCGUCGGAACCGUCCGGGCGAGGGACGAAGACGCGGGAGAGAACGGAGCCGUGUUCUACUCCGUGCCGCGGGAAUCCGGCUUCAAGAUCGACCGAGAAACGGGAGACCUGUACACGAACCGAGCCCUGGACUACGAGACGGACAGACUCCACCUGGUGGUGGUGACGGCCGAAGACGGCGGACCGGAUCCCCGCAUCUCCACCGCCACCGUCACCGUCUCCGUCCGCGACGUCCCGGACGAACCGCCGUUCUUUCCCCAGCGGGUCUACACGGCCGACGUGGAGGAGAACCGGGCGAACGCCGAGGUGAUCCGGGUCCAGGCCGAAGACCCGGACGAGGUGGAGGAGACCGUGACCUACAAGUUGCUGUCCGGAGGGGAUCUCUUCUCCAUCGAUCCCACCACGGGUCUCAUCCGCACCUUCAAGGAACUCGAUUACGAGAAGGAGAAGGAACACGUGUUGGUGGUGGGGACGCAGGAAAACACCCGGAAGGAACCUUCCGCCUCCGCCACCGUCAUCGUCCACGUCCAGGACGCGAACGACGUACCCCCGGUAUUCACCCUGCUGCCGCGGCCGGUGCACCUCCGAGACACGGAUCCCAUCGGUGCGACGGUGACCACCGUCGUCGCCAGAGAUUCCGACGGCACCUCUCCGAACAACAAGGUGAGCUACGAGAUCGUGGGCGAGGGGAGCAAGACGCCGAGGUAUUUCCUCAUCGACCGAGAUUCCGGAACGAUCACCAUCAAGGACGAUCUCCGCAAGGAAGUCGACGCGGAAUGGCGGGUGAGUCCGAACGGGUGGAGGUGGAGCGGGAGGCAGAGACAGAAGGACGGAGGGAAGCCGGAGUUGGAUGCGGUGGCGAAGGUCCUCGUCUACGUGGAGAAGACCGUGACGUUGGCACCCGAAGCGGGAAUCGGAUUCGCCGAAGCAGAGUACCAGGCGGGAGUCCUCGAGAAUCCUUUCCCCGAUGCUCUCGUCAAGAGACUCUCCAUCGUCAAUAAACCAGACCAGGGCACUCCUCUCGACUGUCACAUUAUCGCCGGCAACGAACGAGGUCACUUCUACGCGACGCGGAGCAGCGACGGGGACUGCGAGAUCCGGGUCAAGACUUCCGACGUGGAUUUCGAGUGGAUCCCGAAAUACGAGCUGGAGGUGGAGAUCAAGAGUCUCUCGGGUUACUUGAACCAAGACAAGAAGACCGCCAAGUUGACGGUGAACGUGUUGGAUCAGAACGACAACGAACCGGAGUUUGUCUAUCCGGAGGAUCCGGUCAUGUCCCUCAGGGGAUUCCGUUACUUCGCUUCCAUCCCCGAAAAUGCUCCCAUCGGCACUUCCGUCCUCGAAGUCAAGGCGCCGAGCGACGAGGGAAAUCCGAUCGCUAAGAGACGUUUUCUCGCUGCGCAGGCUCGGGACGGGGACACGGGGAACUUCGGUCGCCUGACGUAUUCCUUCGAGCCGGAAUCGGAUCCCGACGGAUACUUCAGCGUGGAAGAAGCGACCGGGAUCCUCCGGCUUCGUAGGAGCGUGAUGGAGAUCCCAUCCGGCACGUCCCUGCCCUUCCGCUUGGGAAUCCUCGUUCGAGACGGUUCCGGGAAGAUCCAACCGGGAGACGGCGAUCCCUCGUCCCACGAGGCUUCCACCCUCGCGAUCGUGAACGUGAUUCGCGAUGAGAACCAGAUGGUGCUGGUGAUCGCGAACGCGAGUCCCGAGGAAGUCAUGAAUCGACGGGCCCAACUCGUCGGGAUCCUCGAGGAACAGAGCUCCCUCGUCAUCGAGAUCGAGAAGAUGGAAGCCAGGCGUUACUUGGACGAAGCCGGGAAAAUGCGGGUGGACAUGAAAGGCACGGAUCUCUGGUUUCACGCCAUCGAUCCCAAGACCGAAGUCAUACUGUCUCGCAACUCGACCCGCGUCCAAGGGAAGCUGAGCGGGAAGAAAGCAGAGAGCAGCGUGCUGUAUUUCGUGAACGGGAACCUGGGUCUGCAAGCGGUGGAGGUGCGUGAGGGAGGGCUGAAGGGGACGACGAGCGGUCCCUCUUCGGGUGGGGUCAGGAUCCAGGGGAAGACUCAUGCCCCUCUCGAGGGCUUCCAGGUCGCUCUGCUCGCCCUCGCCGCCCUCAUCUUUCUCCUCACGUCCAUCGGCAUCCUCUACCUCUCCUGCCUCUGGUCCAAGUAUCAGGACGAGAAGAAGAUGGGGAAGGUGAGCGGAAGCCUUGGGGUUCCCACCUACGAACCGGUCCACUACGAUCCCACCUAUCUCAAGGAAUACGAGACACAGGUGCUUCAGAUGAGCAUAACCCCGGAUGAAGGGGGAGGCGGAGGGGGGAGCGGGGACUUCCAGCUGGAUUUUAGGAACAAGAAUCAUGCCUUGGACCUUCAGACGGUGGAUUACAUCUCCAAGGAAGGCACGGAUGGAGGGAGUGGAAACACGACGACGAGGGCAUCGAGUCUGAGUGAAGACGGACGAUAUCUCUCUGCUCAUUCCACUUUUUUUCCGGACAACGGGGUCAGGAACCCUAUCUACAAUAGCAGGGACGAGAGGGAACAGGUGGAAGAAGAAGAAAAGGAAAAACGUCGAGGAAGAGAGAGAGGAGGGAUGGUGAGAGGUGGACGGGCGAGUGAGAACAACGAAAACGUCAUUUUUGGCCAUGGAAUCUCAUCACCUUAUGUCGACGAUUCCACGACGGAACUAUAGCAUGGUGCCUACCUUUUCUUUUCAUUCCCCUUUCAUCGAGAUGAUCUUAUAAUAAAACGGGGUUACGAGUGACGAUAAGAGAGAC